UUUGAGUGCAAGUAGAUUCUCAACACUUGUUCUCUGCCUAGUAUUUCUCAACUGAAAAUUCCUUUGAUUUGUUCUCACUUGUCAACAAAAUGUUUAUUGAAAAUUUUAAGGUUGAAAGCCCAAAUGUGAAGUACACAGAUAGUCAGAUUCACUCUGUUUAUGAUUACCAAACCACAGAACUUGUACAUGAAGAAAGAAAUGGCACUUAUCAAUGGAUUGUUAAGCCUAAAUCUGUCAAAUAUGAGUUCAAAACUGAUACCCAUGUUCCCAAAUUAGGGGUUAUGCUUGUUGGAUGGGGAGGAAACAAUGGUUCGACAUUGACUGGUGGUGUUAUUGCAAAUCGGGAAGGAAUUUCAUGGGCAACCAAGGAAAAGGUGCAGCAAGCCAAUUAUUUUGGGUCUCUUACACAGGCAUCAACAAUUAGAGUGGGGUCUUUCAAUGGAGAAGAGAUCUAUGCACCCUUCAAGAGCCUCCUUCCCAUGGUCAACCCGGAUGAUGUUGUGUUUGGAGGAUGGGACAUUAGCAACAUGAAUUUGGCAGAUGCCAUGGUUCGGGCUAAGGUUUUUGACAUUGAUUUGCAAAAGCAGCUGAGGCCCUACAUGGAAUCCAUGGUCCCCCUUCCUGGUAUCUAUGACCCUGACUUCAUCGCUGCUAACCAAGAAUCGCGUGCCAACAACGUGAUCAAAGGAACCAAGAAAGAACAAGUUGAUCAAAUUAUUAAAGAUAUUAGGGAGUUCAAGGAGAAGAAUAAGGUAGAAAAAAUAGUGGUCCUGUGGACUGCCAACACCGAACGAUACAGCAAUGUGAUUGUUGGCCUUAACGACACCAUGGAAAACCUCUUUGCUGCUGUGGAUAGAAAUGAGGCUGAAAUAUCUCCUUCGACAUUGUAUGCUAUUGCUUGUAUUCUUGAAAAUGUGCCUUUCAUCAAUGGAAGCCCACAGAACACUUUUGUCCCAGGUCUUAUUGAUUUGGCCAUAAAGAGGAACACUUUAAUUGGUGGUGAUGACUUUAAAAGUGGUCAAACUAAGAUGAAAUCCGUGCUGGUUGAUUUCCUUGUUGGAGCUGGUAUUAAGCCAACGUCAAUAGUGAGCUACAAUCACUUGGGUAACAAUGACGGAAUGAAUCUUUCUGCUCCUCAAACUUUCCGGUCUAAGGAGAUCUCGAAAAGCAAUGUUGUCGAUGACAUGGUUGCGAGCAAUGCCAUCCUGUAUGAAUCUGGCGAGCACCCUGACCAUGUUGUUGUGAUCAAGUACGUUCCAUAUGUUGGAGACAGCAAGAGGGCAAUGGAUGAGUACACAUCCGAGAUUUUCAUGGGCGGAAAGAACACCAUAGUGUUGCACAACACUUGUGAGGACUCGCUUUUGGCUGCUCCCAUUAUCUUGGACUUGGUCCUUCUUGCUGAACUGAGCACUCGUAUUCAGCUCAAAGCUGAAGGAGAGGGGAAGUUCCACUCAUUCCAUCCUGUGGCUACUAUCCUCAGCUACCUCACCAAGGCUCCUCUGGUACCACCAGGUACACCAGUGGUGAAUGCUCUUUCAAAGCAGAGGGCAAUGCUUGAGAACAUAAUGAGAGCUUGUGUUGGUUUGGCACCAGAGAACAACAUGAUUUUGGAAUACAAAUGAAGGAAAUUAUUAGAAGAGAAUGGACUCUAAGAGUAGUAGUUGCAUGUGCAGAAAAGACCAUUCUCUACUUUUUCCCUUUUCUAUUUUCUAUUUUCUUAAUCCUUAUGUUACUAUGCACAGUGUGGCAUGAUUGUGAAGUGUAGGUGCUUAAAGGGCCAAAUCACUGUUUACUAUAAUUUCUUCCAUUCUCUUCAUGCUUUGGCCCUCUUAUCUCCAAAAUGUAUCUUAGUUGCUUUAAGCUCAGAUAGAGCCAGCAACAUCUUGUUUGUAUUGAAAGAAAUACAACACGGUGGUUUAAAUUGUGUA